AGCAUUGUGAUUCCUGUCACUGAUGCAAGUGUGAACUACGCACGUCUACCACUAACUUACAAUGCCUCUAAUUUAUUUGCAUUAUAAAAUUGUUCGAUCACAUCUCAUAAAACUUCUCAAGUACGAGGAAGUAUGAGCACUUCUCGAAGAGGUAAACGGUCAACUGUACCACCUAGAGAUAAAGAUUACACACGCCGAUUGAAAAAACAAAAUCUGGAACGUAAACGACGUGCGUGUAUCUCUGAUAGAAUAAGCGCCUUAUAUAAUUUGGCUAUGAGCAUAAUUGGAACUGAUCCUCAUGAAGGUCAUAAAGUUGUCAAAACUGAUAUCUUGAGUUUAUGUUGCAGUAUUUUUGAACAAGUAGAGAAUAUCGCUAAAGAUGAACCUAAGUUACGAUCACGACUAAGAAGUUUAAGUGAAACAUCUUCACUGGUAAGACCUAAAUCAAUUAUGCCAAAGGAUUAUUUCACCUCAGAUAUUGAUAAAACAGAUCAAAACAUUAUGGUACUUGAUGAAAAAAGUUGUUCAUCGGAUACAUAUCAUCAAGAUAUUUGCCACCAUCAGAAAGAACAGCAUUCACAGUUGGAUACGGUGUCUUCAACCGUAACCACAACAUCAUCAUUUUCUGUGCCUACAUAUAAUUAUUUAUGCCAAAUGAUUGAUGAAGAUAAUAAGGAAAAUAAAAUACCGAAAUUAAUCAUUCACAAUUCUAUAAGAAAUAAGCCAUAUACAAUAUGUUCUACUGUACCUGAUACUGUUAGUAUACCUGAUGAAUCUCUCAACUACUGUGUAACGCCUUCCUUAUCGUCGUUGGAAUCACCUCCCAUUGAUGAUUCAACUCCAUUGAAUCUCCAAAAUUUAAUCACUCCUGUAUACAUGCCGAACAAUGGAACUUUAACACAAUGGCAAUCUACACCUCAGCAAUACAGUGAAAAUUUUACCCUAUCAUUAAAUAAUCCUGAUAGUGGAUUUUUCAAUAGUCAGUCAUUGGAACAACUAACACCCAAUAUGAAUAGGAUGUCUAGUUUUAUUACAACACAACAAUUGAUAAAUAUUACUACUAACUGUGUUGAUUUGGUGUAUUUUCCAGUGAAAUCGAUAAAUACUGUCCACUUGUCAUCCAAUUCCUUGAUGAAUUCCCUGAGAUGUGAGUCAACAACACCAUCACUUUCCCCAAUCGUAAAUUUAGCAAAACCAUCAUCAGAUUUCAGUUUUAAACUAAAAAAUAUGAUAUCCUUAUCUAGUGAACAGUGGCAUCAGCAACAGUGUAAGACAACUUCAAUUAAUUCAUGUCGUCCAUUGAAUACAAUCACUUCUACAUUGACUACAACUGACAAUAAUACUCUACCUGUAUGGAGACCAUACUUAGAUUAGAAUAAAAGUGAAAUGAUUGUAGAUUUGUUUAGUUUGAGCAUCAAAGAAGACGCUUUCAUUGAUACUGUCAUCUACACACAAUCAUAACACAGAUAAACAAGCGCCAACACGUUGACUUU